CUCCUUGCAUGCAGGUUAUAAACCUUAAUGUUAUCUAGUCUAGUGUUUUAAAGUCCAAUUUUUACACUUUUAUUUUUUUUUGUAAUGUCCUUGUUGAAGUAUUGUUCAAAAUUUAUAUUAAAACCGACUCAUAAAAAAAUAUUUUCCCAUUAUAACCAUAGCUGUAUAAGCCAAUUCUCCCUCAAUUCAAAUGUAGUCUCUACUGAAAGUAAUCCUUCAAAUAAAGUGAACUAUAUAAAGAAUAAGUUUAACGAUCUGGUGGCAUGGUACGAGGAAGUGACUGGUAUGGAUGAAGUCAGAAUUAUGCAGAAUAAGGUGAUUGAAGCGCAGGAGAAAUUUGUAUGCGCCCAGGAAAAAAGGCGUGAAAUGGCCAAGGAAUUGAAUAGAAUUCAAAACAAGCUGAAAGAAAUAUAUUCUGAGCUGGAUACAACAACAAGAGGAGAAGAAAGGUACCUGCAAUUGAUUACUACCGAGCAUGCUAUAUUGAAGGAAGAAAGGAAAUUAAAUUCGGAGUUCGCUUUAGUUGAAAGGGAAGAACGGGACAGUUUCACGACAUUGUCGUCAUGCGUGAAGGAGAGCCACGAAAAAGAGAGGGCACAGGCUGAAAGAACAAAGUAUUGGUCUAUCAUUGGAUCCAUUAUUGGUACUGUAAUUGGUAUAGCUGGAAGUUCAAUUAACAACGAAUUUAAAAUGAAGGAAUUGAGAAAAUUGGUGUAUGAUUUGACUAGUAACGACAUAACAAAACUUGAUGUGAAUACUGCAACUCUACUUAACCAACAUGAACAGCAAUUAUCUUCUAUUGUAACAGAAAUGAAACAUACGGUGAAUUCAUUAAUAAAUGAAAAAGAACAAGAAAAUGUUAAACUUCAAUUAGAUAAUCUUCUACAUACAAUAAACGCUAAGCAUUCAUUACCUAACGAGAAUACUGAAAAGAAUGUUCAAGUUUUAGAAAACAAGGUGGAGGAAUUAAAAGGAUUACUCAAUUCCUUUCAGAGGUAUGAUGGCCAGUUGGUAGCCAUACCCAAUGAUCUAGAAUUGCUUAUACAAAAGCAGUCGCAGGAGACCAAAAUGUUAUUAAUCGGUGUCUCCGUGAUAGGUGUUGUCUUACCAAUUAUCAUAUCAUUCCUCCAAAGGUAGUUUUGUGAUUUCGUCAAGAAUAUGUGAUUUAUACGCUUUUCUGUAGCAUUUAUUUUAUUACAUACUGGUUUUACCUGUAUAUACAGUGUAAAUAAAUUAAAAUUAUGUAUAUAUUAUUUAUUUUUUGUUAAAUAUAUACCAUCAUUUUAACUGCAAUG